AAUUUUGUAAAGUGAGAUAUGCCAUCAACUCAAAAUACAGUCGCUGAACGAGAUCCGCGCUACUGUCGCCAGUGGAAGUGUCAAGUUUCUGUGGGUGAAUUAUAUCGAUGGAUUUUAGCGAAACUUUCUGAUAAAGAUAUCAAGCGGGCCCUGCACAAAUACCGAGACCUAAUGCCUAGACAGUCGGAUUGGAACAGAAAACUGACACAAGCUACGAGUAUGCCAGAGCUUGGUUUUCGAUAUCUGUAUCGAUGUGGACAGAUAGACGAAAGUAACCAUCGAACUAUGCAGAAAAUGCUAAAAUAUAUCGAUCGUCAAGAUGUGCUGCCAUAUUUUGAUACAAUUUUGUAUAAUACCAACCAUUCUAAUUGUUCUUUGGAGGAGCUACAAAAAGUUCUGUUGGAUAAAGUCAGCGUGUUUUUAGAAUAUUCUUCUACACUGUCUGAAGAAGAAGUACAUCCAGAGCCUCCAUAUGAAAUAAUACGACGCCAGCCAGUUGAGGGUUCACGAGUCACAAGAUUAAGCCUGAAAAGAAAAUCAUCUGUUGGUGGUACUGGUAAUAUUGCAUCUGUGAAGCGAGGGCGCCGGUCUACUAAUUCGUCAUCGGAGACUGGUCAAGUUAGUGAUUUCGAAAAUUCACCUCUCCGGUACUGUGGCAAAGUGCGAUCAGCGAUUAUUUCCAAUUCACUAAAUGGUCCUGUUGUGCAUACUAUGCUUUCUGCGUCACUUAUUAGCAUGCUGGCAUCUUUACAUACUACAUUAUCUCAAACAUUCGAUAAUCCCGGUGUAUCGUCUAUAACCCCUAAUGCAUCGAAUAGUAAUACAACUGGAAGUUGUAUUAGUAGUUCAAAUCCUUCUGUUCCUAAGAAUCCUUUAAUCUCUCAUUUACUGGCUAUUAUCCCACAUUUAAUUGCUGUUUCACGUGCUGCAAAUCAGUUAUCUAAUCCAAGUCUACUAUCUAAUCCAGCCCUACCCUCUCGAAUAUCGAAUCUUCCAAAUAAUGUAAAUAAUAGCAAUUCAGGGAUUUUUGGUUCAAGAUUUGUUGGUAUUCAUAACAGACCGGUAAUCAAUGCGGAUAGACGGCUGCCUCAACAGGUUCAAGAUCACGUAGAUCCUGCUGCUCCUGUUGUUUUAGAUAAUUUAAACCACGAGCAGAACGUUCAAGAUCCAAUCCACCCUAUCAUACCUGGUAUUCGUGCACCACUCAUCAACCCUCCUAACGUGGAAGCAGACCGUCCAGGUGGACUGUUGUUUGCACCUCAACCUAAUAUUCGACUUGCAGACGGUGGAUCACCUCCUGUAGUCUCUCAACAUUCGACAAAUCCCCCUGUUUUAUUAAAGCAUGUUGUUUUGUCAAGCGGAGGAAUAGGUAUUACUGCUUCGCCACAUGAUUCAGUAAUCCAUUAUUAUUGCAAUAUUAAACUGCAUGUCAAUAUUGAUUUUGGUCCUUCUACAGAAAGUUUAAGAAGAAUUCAAACAGUUCGUCAAGAUUUUUUUGAACGUCAGAUUGAUUUUUUUGUACAAGCAUCAAAUUUAUUGAAAACUCGUUCACCAAGUGAAUUUAUUUGUAAUUUACAAUUUACACGACUUAACCAACUUGAAGAUUUUUGGGCUGACUAUCAGUCAGGUGCAUUACGAUAUGUAAGUUUAAUCAAUUUAUUUGUAAUUUGGAAAUUAAGUUUGUUAUAGUGUUGGUUGAUAUGUUAAGCCCAUAAUAUCUUAUUAUCGCUUCUGGAUAGGCCAAUUUAUUCAUUCUUCUUGAGCCACGUUUUGACCUUGUUAAUUAUUCACUUAUCAACCUUGACUGUUUUUAUAUGAGCGUAUAUGUGUGUACGUCUUGUCCUACUCACCACAUGUAAUGUAGCCUAUUUUUGUGUGACUAUAAAUUUUGAUUCACACUUAAUCAAAUGGAGUUGGCUCACACGUCGUCUCCACUGCGCGCCAUUUCGUUUCGCUCUCUUCUAUUUGUUUCGUCCCUCUGAUUGUCUGUCCAGACCAAUAAUUGUACAAAAUAUAUGUAUUAGAAAUUAAUUCUCGUAUUUGACUUAUUUUAAUUCCAUUAUUCACCAACGCGAUUUAAGUCGAUAAAGACAUACGAGGAUAGUCAUGAUGUAUAUUUCGACAGCAAUCAGAUCCCAGGCCACCUAACUGUUUUCUGUUUUCUCUUUAUAUCAUGCCUUAUUUAGUAUGAGUAGUUAUCUCAAAGCUUAUUAAAAUGCCUAGUAUUUCUUACUGCUUAACUUCAACUACCCAACAUAUGAAAUAAUGUAAUCUGAUAAUUUUAUUCAAUGUGUUUUUUCUUUUAUGUUUAAAAAAAGUAUUAGCUUUCUUUAUUCUGUCUGAGAUAUCAUCCACCUAUAUACUUGCAGUAAAUAGAUCUUUCUAGUAAGCUUGAUAAGGUAAUAAUUCAAAGAUAUUUUCGAACAAACACAAAAACAAAUCGCGUCUUAGGAAGUAGAGACUGCAUCAAUAAUGCGAUAUAAAUGAUUGCUUUGUGGAUAAACUGAUGUUUUUUUCUUAACUAUUCCUACUCCGUCUAACAAUGAUGGAUCAAGGUGGAGAAUAGUUGAAGAUAAGUAACACCUCAGUCUAUGACAAUUUACAGCGUAGUCAGCCGAUUCCCCAUAAUUGUCUAGUCCUAUACGUCGAACCUCAAGAUUAAUCAAUCUGUGAAAAGCGCCUUGAAGGGACAUUUGAUCUAAAACCGGCAGUUUAUCCAUAUCUUCUCUUUUCAUAGGCUAUCGAUACAACUCAGUUUCCUAAAUCGAAGUAGAUGAAUCAGGGUUUAAAACUGUGACCUACUAGUUAGAAAAAAAAGUGUAGUCCUUCAAUCACUAAGUCACCGCUGCACACAGUUCUCCAAAUGUUUGAUUCAAAAUGUUAUAACAAUAGAUGCUACAUAUUAUUUUGAUAUUCUUUUCAAAUUGAUUUCACAAAAUAAUUCUGCUUAUCAUGAAUGAAGAUCUUUCCUAUGAUAUUGUAAUAUUUCUAUGUUCCUUUGUUAUCUCUCUAUUUCCUAAAUUAAGUAUCUCAUGUCUGUAUUGAGAAGUGAAAGGAAUCGAAGUUUUUUUGGUGAACCACCAGAACAGAUAUCUUCCCAGUUCUCGUCAGUUGUCGAACAACAUGUUGUGCCUGAUGCUUUAGGUCAACAAAAUCAGGUUGCAAAUGCUGUGAAUAAUGAAGGAAUGGAUGCAGCUGUUCCUUUAGUGCCUAAUAAUGCAUCACAAAAUUCAGCUGAAAAUAAUUCUAAUGUUAUAGUCAGUAGUGGUAGUAGUUCGAGGCCAGUUGAUCCAAAAGUGUCUGGUUCCAAUUCAUCAGAAUAUUCUAAUCAUAAUCCUGCAUGCUCAACAGUUAAUUUGGCUUCAUCUUUAAAUAUGGCACAAGAUGAAAACUCACUCAAUAUGUUGACAUCUUGUAUUGAAGCACUGAAUCGUUCGUUCCAUCGUAUGAGACGUCGUGAAGUCACUAGUCCAUCUCUACCUACAGAACAAGUGAAUGAAUUUAUUAGAUUUGAAUUGAAUCUAUUUGUUUCACGUAGAGAAUAUGAAAAUGGUCGAUGCUUAUUAAUGCGUAAUUUACGUUCUAUACCGAGUUUAUGUCAGCUGGUUUCAGCAUCUUCAAUAUUAACACCAGAUACUGCUGUUAAUCCAAUCAGUACAACACCAUGAAAUCUCGAGAGAAAAAACAGAAAAAUUCUUAUGAAGUCUUUCCCGUUGAUGUUUGUUUAUUAUUUGGGAACAAUAAAACAUUUUAUUAUUCAGUUCUUCGAUAUUUUUUGUUCUGUAUAGCACCUGUACUUAUAAUCAGUUGUAUUUUUUAAAUCUUCUGUGUAAUAUGGAAUAAAGCCUACAUUGCUUACUUUUUAAUCUCAAUAUUGGCAAAGAGCAGUCGAUAUUUAUGUGAAAAGAAAUUCAGUCGAUCUUUGAAGAUAUUUAUCGUUUGUAUUGUUUUCUAAGUAGUUCACAAAUCUUCAUGAGAUCUAAUUAAUUAUGAUUAUUUUAAUAUUUUGAAAUUGGUUUAUUGUAAACUGCACAAAAUAUAUGACUUUAUCUCACAUU